CUUCCAUCACAUCCGUCAAGUCUUGCCACUUGCCACAGCACUGGUCUGGUACUGCGGAUAUGCGUGCACUGUAUAGCGGACACGGCCGAAUGUCGCACGGAGAGAAUGACAUUUAAAAUUCGUGACUGAGAGAGCAGCCGAGGCGACGAGGUAAACGACGCACGAGUGUUGACAGCAUUGUAACGUCGUCACAUGAAGCAUUAAGGAGCAGUUAAGCCGACGAAAAAUCAGCGAUCAUGGACCUCAACAACGAUCUGGAUCAACAUUUGCUGCACCAGUUCAGCUGUCUCGGCACCACGGACAAAGACGACCUGGUGAAGCAGCUGCAGAAGCUGCUGGCUGACAGCCACCUCAACGAGACGACCGCCGCGUUCUUCUUGGACAUGAACAAUUGGAAUCUACAAGCAGCAAUUUGCAGUUACAUCGAUUUUGGAAAUCCUUUCAACACCCCUUGUAUGACAUUAAUAUGUGACAGUACAAUUGGUGAGGGAGAAGCUGUGCCACCCAGUACAAAUUUUCAGAAGUCAUGGCAUGUACAAAACAGUGGCACAGAAACCUGGCCAAUUGGAAUCCAUCUGCAACAUUCUAGCGGAAUACUGAUGGGUUGUGCAAGGAUACCAGUUCCACCAUUGGGUCCUAAAGAAUCUACAGAAUUAAGCGUAACAUUAAAGAGUCCAGCUGAAACUGGUGUCCAUCAAAGUAAAUGGAGAAUGAUGACGUCGAAUGGUGUCUAUUUUGGUGAUGUUAUUUGGGUGAUUAUAACAGUGAACGAGUGUGGCACAUUGGCAGUCACUCAACAACUGCAUCAGUUAAGCACACAGUCCAAUGAUGUACAAAUGUGCUAGCCCCGACGUACAAAAGUCUCUCCUAAAAAAGAUUUAUGAAAUAUUUAUGUGAAAUGUCUCUCAGAUCAUUGUGAGUUUGCGAUAACUUGUCGUUUUUAAAUUUUAUAUAGAGAGGUCACUUUCUUUUUCACAAUGGAGACUUGUUUACUGCUCCAGCACCUCAUAAAAAAUAAAAAUUGCUGUAUAUUUGAGAUAACUACAAAUAAUAAAGAAUGCAAUGAAAUUGA